CAGUAACUAAGCCCCCCGGACGGUCGCUGCGCCUUGUGUUUUAAUUAGUAAGGCAUAUCAACGAUACAUAAAGAGCGGAUCGCGUUUUUCAUUCGGGUAGGAGACUACCGAAGUCUACCCAGUACGCGCACAAUGGAUCGAACUCUUUCAGCAAGUGUUUUCUUACUUCUGCUACACUUGUUAACGGUUUCUGCGGUCAAGGUGGAUGCUGGGGAACUUAAAACGUUAAGGAGGCAAAAGAGGGAAUGGAUAUUACCUCCACAGAGACUGCAAGAAAAUGUUGAUUACACAGGCAAAGACUUCAUCGCUAAAAUUCGAUCUGAUGAGGAAGUCAGGACUUCGAUCGUGUACUCUCUGACUGGAAAAGGGGCAGAUGAACCACCUGUUGGUGUGUUUACUGUCGAUCCCCAAAAUGGCAAAGUCCGAGUUACAAGAAUUCUGGACAGAGAGGAAAUCCCAUUCUACCAUCUGAAAGGUGUGGCAAUGUUCAGGAAUAAUACCCGUGCUGAGAAGGACAUUGACCUUCGCAUUAUUGUGGUGGAUCAAAAUGACAAUGAUCCGGUAUUUUCUUUUGGGCAACAAGGAGAGGUCAAUGAAUCGAGUCAAGCAGCCACUUUGGUGAUGACUGUAACUGCCACAGACGCUGAUGACCCACAAACUCCAAAUGCACAGAUUGCUUACAGUAUCGUAGGGCAGGAGCCAGGUGGACAAAAUAUGUUCUACAUUAACCAGGAAACCGGGCAAAUUUAUGUCCAAUCAAGCGCUCUGGACAGAGAAACCCAAAGUUCCUACACGUUGAUAAUUAAAGGCACAGACAUGAAUGGUGCUGCCGGAGGCAGAACCGGGACGGGAUCAGUUGUGAUCAACAUACUGGAUGUCAACGACAACUAUCCUACUCUGGAGAAAUCUCACUACGAAGGAAGCGUUGAGGAGAACACGGCCAAUGUGGAAAUUAUGCGGAUCAAAGCCCUGGAUGCUGACUUGAUGUAUACUGAAAACUGGCUGGCGUAUUUCUCGAUUAUUUCGGGAAACGAAGCAGGAUACUUCAGCAUCACAACUGAUGAAAAGACCAACGAGGGGAUUUUAGUACUGAACAAGGCUGUUGAUUAUGAAUUGCUGAAAGAGUUGGAUCUCGAAAUAGCGGUGAACAACAAGGCUCCCUACCACCCAAGCAUAUCUAAAACUGGCGCUGGCAAAACCUACCCCAUCAAGAUCAAAGUGAAGAACCAGCCCGAAGGCCCGAUGUUCAAGCCAAAGGUGAAGGCCUUCAGGGUUUCCGAGGACAGUAAGACGGUGGCUAUCCACAGUGUCAUCGGGAGAUACGCAGCCAUUGAUGGAGAUACGCUACAGAUCGCUGAAAACGUCAGGUAUUUAAAAGGCUAUGACCCUGACAACUGGUUGAUAAUUGAUGAAAAGACUGCAGAGAUAAAACUCAACAAACUACCUGACCGGGAGUCCACGUUCUUGACUAACGGAACAUACACUGCGAAAAUGGUUUGCAUUACAAAUGAUCUGCCAUCUAAAACUGCCACUGGAACUAUAGUCAUCCAAGUGGAGGACCUCAACGAUCACUGUCCCACACUCACCAGCACUUCCCAGAGCGCCUGCGCCUCGAACCCAGUCAUGUACGUCACUGCAGUGGACGAGGACGCCGCCCCCAACGGGGCUCCAUUUACCUUCACUGUUUUGCCUGAAGGCACAAAAGAGAAAUGGGCUGUGGAACCUCUAAACGACACCACUGCAAUCCUAAGAGCCCAUGACCACCUCUGGCCCGGCAGCUAUCGAGUGGCAGUUGAAAUAAAAGACCAGCAGGGGAAGGCGUGUCUCGACGAACAGGUGCUGGAUGUGAUGGUCUGCACCUGUGAAGAUGGUGAGGGCGUGGUAGCGUGCGGAAACAGAGAAACGCCCUCAGCCGUCUUUGGAGCCCCAGGGCUGGGCCUGCUGCUGCUGGGUCUACUGCUGCUACUGUUGGUGCCCCUCCUGUUGCUGUUCUGUACCUGUGGAGGUGCUGGUGCUGGAGCUUUUAAAAGCAUGCCUUUCGAUACAAAAGAACAUCUAAUCGCAUAUCACACGGAAGGACAGGGGGAAGACAAAGAAGUACCACUUCUGAAAAUGCCAGAGGAGGUGGAUGGCGCCCGUGAUUUUAUUAAAAUGGGACAUGUAGGCGCGCUUGGGGCAGAGGCGGGUUAUGGAGGGGCAGGAAUGGCAGGAAUAGCAGGGGCAGGGGCAGGCUUCACGUCCUCUCUGAGCCACUCCGAGCGAGGAAUGUGGGCGGGUUACGGCGGACGGGUCGGGGGGGAGGGAAGAGAAGCUUCCGCCUACUCACGAUUCGAAGUCAGAGGGGCCUGCGAUGGAAUUGCUCUCCCGGGUGCGUUUUUGGAAGAAUACUACUCGCAGAAAGCAAGUGCUACAGAACAGUUCUAUCCCCACAAGGACGGCUUGCUGAUUUACAACUACGAGGGUCAAGAGUCUCCCGUGGGAUCGGUAGGGUGCUGCAGCCUCCUCGAAGAAGACAACGACCUGGAGUUCCUGAACGACUUGGGCCCCAAGUUCAAAACCCUGGCUGAGAUCUGCAGGGGGUCGAUGGUAGAAUCUGAGGUUACCCCAGCUCCCCCGGUGCCCAAGGUGGACGUCGGCGCUGUGUCGAUGACCCGCACCGAGGUCAGCACGGGAAGCACGCUGGCCGCCAGCAAGGUCGACUCCACGGCCAGCGUGGCUCCCUCGGCCCACAUGCAGGAGAGCGUUGUGACGGAGAGAAGCUACACUGCCACCUCUGUGCCCGGCGUACACUUCAGUGAGAACGUGGUGGUCCCGAAUCAAACGUACCUGAUUCAGCCGCAGCCUGUGUACCUCGCCACUGUGCCAGUCCUGCAGGCUCAACACACUGUGCUGGUGUCUGAGAGGCCCAGCCUGCAGGGCUUGUAUGUGGUGAGUGAUGUCCCUCGCCCGGAGGGCGUGGUCAUCAAGGAGGAGAGGGUGGCGGCCGGCCCCAUGGUGCACAGCGGCGUGAACGUGGGGGAGAACGUGGUGCUGGUGGAGCGGAAGAUGGGAUCAGCCCACGUGGUGCGAGAGGGGGAGGCCGGGCUGAACCAAGGCCUUCUGCAAGUGGGGAGUCUGCCCAGGUCUCAGAACGUGCUGGUCGUGGAGAGGCAGGUGAUUAAGGAAGGCCAGUCAGGGCCUGCACACGGGUCCCUCCAGAGAGGAAGCCUUUUGGGGUCACAGGACCUACUGAGUGCCUCUGUGGAGAAUGGGAGGGUGCUGCUGGCAGGCGCAGCGGGGUUAAGCGGAGAAUCAAGUGAAGAAAUCCGAGAGGAGAGCGUCUCUGCAGUCUCUGGCUUACAAAGUGAAGCAGCUGUGCUCCAAGUGGCAGCACCACCUGGUGGCCACAAUGUGGUUGUGCAAGAGAAGACGAUGUUUGUCUCUGAGAGGAGCAUGCAAGAGGUAACAACUGGGUAAAAGUUGCCCCCCACCAACUGCUUGUUUUUGGACAUUUUUAGUUGAGCCCCAAAAUGAGAGUUGCACCAUUCAGUCCAAAAGGAACACAUGACAAUCACAAUCACUCCACAGUCUUGAAGACUUAUUUUUUAGAGUACGUAUUCUGGCUAACUGGCUAAC